GUGUGAAUUUCUAAACAAAUUAUACAGUUGUAAGAAUUUGUAAUGAUGUCGGAAUCAAUUACUUGUUUAUUAUUACCACAUAAGAGAGUAGUGGAAAACACAAGAGAGAGUCAAGUAUUGCUAUGGAUUUGGAAUAUUCUCAAAGAGAUCAGUGAAUUUGAUUACGAACAAUAUCUCAGGGAUGGUGUGGUUCUCUGUCGUCUAAUGAAUGCCAUAAAUGAGGGUUCAAUUAAAGGUGAAAUCACUUCUGGAACUAAUAUAAAACAAAAGAGAGAAAAUAUUGAACAAUUUCUUCGGGCGUGUUCUGCCUAUGGAGUACCGAAAGACCAGUUGUUCGGAGUCGAGGAUCUGUUACUUCUGCAGAACAUCCCGAAAGUGACGCGUUGUGUCUUUGCUUUGGGAAAAUUGGCGGCCGAAAACUUUGACGGCCCGGAGUUGGGGGACGAGCCGUACGAACCACUGGAUCCCAAAUCGUUAAGACGCGGAGGAAUGCCUUACGGGGACGACAUAUAUGUGGCGCACGUCAACACUCAAGACAUUAAGAAAAUGAUUUAUUCCCACAAUAAGACCGAUUAAAGCGCUGUAACAAUGAGUCCAUAUUAUAAAUCAUAAGAGAUAUAUAAAAGUCAGGCA